UCCUCAACUGAGUCAUGAACAUUUGUUAGACUCCUCCUGUAAUUCCCUUUACAUUAGUUAAUGACUCCUCGAGGGGUUUAUACAUGUUUGUAAUUGACUCCUCAAGUGAUUCACUUUCAUUUUUAAAUGACUCCUCCAGUGAUUCACUUACAUUUGUAAGCGACUCCGCAAGUCAGUCACAAACAUUCUUUAAAGACUCCUCAAAUGAUUCAAUUAUAUUUGUAAGUGACUCCUGGCCUAAUUUACUUACAUUUGUAAAUAAGUCCUCAAGUGAUUCACUUUCAUUUUUAAAUGAUUCCUUAGGUGAUGCACUUACAUUUGUAAGCAACACCUCAAGAAAUUCAGGUUCAUUCGUUUAUGACUGCUCUAGUGAUUCACUCACAUCUGUAAAUCCCCCCUUGAGUGAUACACGUGCAUUUGUAGGCGACUCUUACGUGAUAGCCUUAUGUUUGUAAAUGACUCCUCAAGUGAUUCACUCAAAUUUUUAAACAAUUUGAGUAAUUCAUUUACAGUAAUUGAACAGUAAAAAUGAAUCCUCGAGUGGUUCACUUAUAAUAUGUCGAUGACUCUUCUGGUGAUUCACUUGUAUCUCGAAGCCACACCUUCAGCAAUUUACAUUUUUAAGCAAUUCCACAAUUCAAGAGAUUCAGUUAAUUUUGUAAAAGAAUCCUUGAGUGAUUCACUUUCAUUUGUUAAUGGAUCCUUGACUGAUUUACUUACAUUUGUAAGUGACACCUCGAGUGAUUUACAUUUGUACGUGACUCCUCAAGUGGUUCAAAUGAUUCACUUACCUUUGUAAAUGCCUUCUCUAGUGCUUCACUUACAUUUGUAAAUGCCUCCUGGAGUGAUUUACUUACGUUAGUAGGACGACUUUCUUUAUCUCAGGAGGUCAAACGUGCCGUCUGCUCAGGGAACUACUUUGAAUGGAGCGUUUGUGUGUGCUGUAAUUCUGCUGUAUUUUAUAUAUUGCAGUAUAUUUCACAUUUGUGCACAUUUUAUUUAUUUCCGUCAAUAUCUGUGCAGUAAUAUUGUCUAAUGCAGUGUAACGUUAAAUGUCACAUCAAUGUAAACGUCAAACAGUUCAGUCUCUUCCUGUGGAAUGUUUUGCACGAUACACUCGGAUGUUUAGUGUUUAUUUUCUGUAUAACAGGUUCUGGUUAAGUUCACUGUAACAGAUCAUCACUCAUCAACACGGCUUGGCUUACAGGAAGUCUCUCAGCCUUGUGCAGUCGUUUCAUCAUAUGUCUCUUCAUGGUGGCACAACCAAAAGCAGCUGAAACAGAAUACUCGUCAUAAUGGGGAAGCAGAACAGCAAACUCCGUCCCGAGGUGAUCCAGGACCUGGUGGAGAGCACCGAUUUCACCGAGGAUGAGAUUCAGGAGUGGUAUAAGGGCUUCCUCCGGGACUGUCCCAGCGGCGCUCUCACCAUGGAAGAGUUCAAGAAGAUAUACGGCAACUUCUUCCCCUAUGGAGACGCGUCCAAGUUCGCCGAGCACGUCUUCCGAACCUUCGACGCCAACGGGGACGGAACGAUAGACUUCAGAGAGUUCAUCAUCGCGCUGAGCAUCACGUCGCGUGGACAGCUCGACCAGAAACUCAAGUGGGCUUUCAGCAUGUACGACCUGGACGGCAACGGCUACAUCAGCAAAGCCGAGAUGCUGGAGAUCGUACAGGCCAUCUAUAAGAUGGUGUCGUCGGUCAUGAAGAUGCCGGAGGACGAAUCCACACCCGAGAAGCGAACAGAGAAAAUCUUCCGUCAGAUGGACACAAACCGUGAUGGUAAACUGUCCCUGGAGGAAUUCGUUGAAGGAGCGAAGAACGACCCGUCCAUCGUGCGGCUCCUGCAGUGCGACCCGAGCAGCGCUGCGCAGUAAAAUGAGCAGAGCGACGCCCCCUGCUGCACGAAACCCGACACUGCAGCGCUCUCCUUUUAACCUACACACAGAUUUACACACGGAUCAGUGUGAGCAGGAAAUCACAACGACCUGGAGCUGCCUGCUUAGCGAAGCACGUAUACCAUGUACAUACAGUCCUCACGCACAUACACACACACACACACACACACACACACACACACACACACACACAUGGACUCAGUGACGAGUAAAUCCCUCUGUUCGGUGCAUACGCACUGCGACAGGAAGUAGCACCUUCACACAGGAAGUGCAGGUGUGAAAUGUACAUUUUGUGUAAUAUAGAAAAGAAGUAUGGUACAGUCUGUUCCAGAAUGCUGACGUCUAGAAAGUGUUGAAAAUAAAAAACUAAAUAAAAUUGUAACUAGUUAGUGACAUAGUCCAUUUAGCUAUGUCAUUUUUAACUGAGUUCGUAUGUUGCUCUUUUUUUUUUUUUUUUUUCGUUAAACUUUAUCCCAUGACCCAAUGAGCUAACGUUUCGAAUGGCCGCCGGUUUCGUCCCCUACAGACGGAGACGUCAGGGUCACUUCAGAAAGGACCUCGGAUUAGACACACAGAUGUGACGAUGUCAAAUGUUAUGAUGUCAGAUAUGACGGAAAAUGUAUUAAAUAUGUGUAUGUGUUACGUAAAAACGUGCUACUGUUCAUGUGCUCGGUGAACAUAAAGCGUAAUCGCUGUGACGAGGUCUGAUCAAAAAAAUCCAAAAACUCUACGUGUGUUGCUGUUAUCGUUAUAUAGAAGAUAUACAAUGCUUUGAGCAAAGCGUUGAGCCGACCACGAUAACGCGUGAGCAGCAUUAGCUAAGCUAGCAAAUCCACUAACAUUAGCCAGCUAAUAUUAACCUUACCGCUUUAGCAGUAUUUAUCAGAUGUUACUAAGUGUAAUGAAGCUACGUUAUGUUAUGUUACUCCGAAGUUUCUCCAUAUUUUCCUAUAACAACACAUCCCAAAGUGUUCAGUGUUUUAUUCCUCUUACACCAAAGCAGUUUGCCCACGACUGCAAUUUUUUUAUUUAUUAAAGAACAUGUCGUAAUUUUUUAUCUGUUUAUAGUUACAAACAAGUUGAUACUUACGUCAUAACAGUCGUUCCUCCAUCAGCCUCUCUUUUUUUCUCUCUCUUGAAGAGAAACGCAUCUUGUUGUUGUUUUUUUUUUUUUUUUUUUGUUACCAAGAAACUCCUCUGUCCUGAAGAUGUCAGAAAACUUAAAGUUACAAAGCUCUGACACUGGAGACUCCUUCCAUAAAUGUUAAAUAAACAUCUCCGUUCACCGCAAGCUGUUACUAUAGAAACGAUAUCGUAUUUAGCAGUGUUGUGGUGUAAAGUGGGCACGUUCGCUCGCAGGCUAGCUCGUAUUGCUUUUAGUUACGAUAUUUUAUACUAAGCAGUACAUUGAACUAAAGAACUUUGUGUCGAAGUCAAACGUCACAGCUCCGCCCUUCCUGGGACGUGAAUCUGAGCGCAACUUUCUCAGGACCUUUGUACUUUUAUUAUAUUUAACGAUCAUCACUUAGCAGACAGUUUUAUCCAAAUUGACGUAACGAGGGAAACAGAGUUCCUGUGCUAAGCUAACCGUUUUUUUUUUUCAACGUUAUGAUCGACGUUACCUGUGUCUUGUUUUAAAAUAAGGUUAGCCUAGCGUGUGAACAGGUCUAAUCACGUUUCUGAUACACUGUGAUAAAUCGUAGAACGUAAUACCUUUUUUUUUAAAACCUUUUUUUCGAUCAGACCUCGUUUGUCGUCUUUAAUACCAUCGUGAGUGCGUAAUGUGAGAUUUUCGUUCAGUUUGUCAUGUUUGCUCAGAACAUCAGAAAAUGUAAAAAUUUUGUACUUGAAUACACAACAAACAAUGAGAAGGUGACAGUCUGUACAGAUAUUUAUCAAAUAAAUAAAUAAAUAACGUGACAAACAAAACUCCAAAAAUAGAAGUAAGUUUAAAUAUCUUUAAUGCUUAAAUAUACGCACCACCUGAUUUAUGCGGAUUAGCAGUAGGCAUGUGCUGAUGUAACGUUUUCUUGACUUACGAUCUUCACCUAAACGUCUAUCACCACCUAGCUGACUAGCAUAGCUAACAGCGUUACAUUAGCUAGCUACAUUUUGCAUUGUAUCAUUUAUCUGACCACCAGCACAUGCCCACUUAGCAUCAAACGCAUCUAAAUGAGCAGAAUUAUUAAUAUCUAAUUGACUCCAACAGCAAACUUUGACUUUAAAGUACUAGAAAGAAAAAAAUAUCUAUUUAUAUUUAAACAUAGGGAAUAUUUAUUCUUUUCAUUCUUAUUAGUGGCGCUUCUGUCACACUACGAGAUUUGUUCAAUUGACCUUUUUUUGUUUAUUUGAUGACAAUUAUGUAUCAAAUGUUGUUUAAUGUCCACUGUAUUGUGAGGCUCAGUUCAUUCAAUGUGAAGAAAGAUAUUAAAAAAUUAUUUUAUGCACAACAAUAUUUUAUAAAUGUUAUGACUGAAUUAUAAACUGAAUUUUACUGGU